UUUAAAGUCUCUUUAAUUAUUAUGACUCAUCAUUAUACCCAAUUUGGGAUUAUUGAACAACCACAACAAAAUUCCCCCCAUAAUAUUGUCCCCUUCGACCCAUACAAUCGGGAAAACUUCUUUUUCGGCCUUCUAGACCGAAAUGAUGCCGAGGCUCUUUUAAAGGGGACGGAAGUUGGCACUUUUUUGAUGCGUGAAUCGACAUCAGAACAGGGGUAUUCGUUAAGUGUCAAGGAAACAAAUGAUCGGGUGAACCAUUAUUUGAUAAAGCGUGAACAGCAAGAAGAUGGAAAGCAGAGAUUUGUGAUUUCCAAUAAUGUUGUAUUUGUGGACAUUCCUUCACUUCUCAGCCAUUACAAACUUCGAAAACUCGAUUCAACUCCACUUAUCCAUCCAUUAGGAAGACCUUCAAUUGAAAAAGUCAUUGGAAGAUUCAAGUUUGAAGGAGAACGAAUUAGUGACUUGCCUUUUGAUAGAGGGGAAAUACUUGAAGUUUUGAGUAAACCUGAAGAGCGGUGGUGGAUGGCAAGCAAUUGUCUCGGAAAUACCGGAUUAAUCCCUGCUAAUUAUGUUAAAAUUUAUGAAGAAGGCGACGAGAUUAGCCUUCAAAAUUUAAGCUCAAAAAGCAGUGGAAGUACUGGUAAACGUUAUAGUGCUAAUUCUGUGGAGAGCAAUAAUAAUGUUAACGAACAACAACAAUCGAAUAAGCUGACAACAAAUUCUUGGGUCAGAGUGAUAGCUGAUCGUUGCCCCAGCAUUUAUGAUGUGGCAGCAUUGAGCAUAAGGCAGGGCCAACUCCUCUGGGUUCAGGAAUUGUUGUCCAAUGGAAUGUGCAAAGGCGCAAAUGAGGACGGCAAGGCAGGAUUAUUCCCUAUUACCUAUGUUGAACCCGUUGGAGUUACACCUGAGGCAGCAAUGCCCGCAAUAGACCAUUCUUCUACUCAAUUUUUGAGUUGA